GAAUGCAGCGACUGGUAUUGUUCGUGUUGUUGUUGCUGCUACCAGAGACCAGAGAGAUGGAAGCUGACCUGAGGUACCACAUGGCCACGGAACUCCAGGCCACACUCGACACCUUACACAAGAACUACCCCACCAUCACGCACAUGUACUCCAUAGGCAAGACCAGCGAAGACCGUGAAAUGUGGGUACUGGCUAUUGGCACACACGCCAUCAAUCAGGAGCCACUAGUACCCAACGUCCAGUACAUAGGAAACAUACACGGGAAUGAGCCCGUGGGUCGGGAGCUGCUCCUCCUGCUGGGCCAGCACCUCCUACAGCAGUACGCAGACAACGUCACCAUCCGGCACUUCCUGGACCAGACCACCGUCCACCUGAUGCCCUCCAUGAACCCUGACGGCGCCGCGGUGGCGGUGGAAGGCUGUGACCCAACGGUUGGCAGUGGAAACGCCAUAGGUGUCGACCUGAACCGGAACUUCCCUGAUCAACCCAAGCCACCCGAUGACGUCACACAGCCCGAGACGCAGAACGUCAUCAACUGGGUCAAGGACAGACACUUUGUUCUGUCGGCCGUCUUGACGGCUGGGGACGUGGUGGCCGUCUACCCCUUCAGCUCCUACCCCAAAGCACCUGAGCUGGAGACCUACGCCCUGCCCCCGGACGACGGGGUCUACCGGUUCCUGGCCUCACGGUACGCCCAGACCCACCCCACUAUGUCCCAGAGGGGCGAGUGCUGUCGGGCAUUUAAAGGGGGCGUGGCCAACGGUGCCGCCUUCUUCCCCGCUGUAGGUACGCUGCCGGACUACCUGUACAAGUAUGCUGGAUGCUACGCUGUGGAGCUGAAGAUUUCCUGCUGCAAGUUUCCGCCUGAGGCAGACAUAGGGAGCCUCUGGGACAGGAACAAGGACGCUCUGGUCAACUUCAUGCUGCCGGUUCACAUGGGUGUGAAGGGCAUUGUCACGGGUGAGAGAAGCGACCAGAUAGCAAAGCCUCUGCCCUCGGCCACUGUGGUGAUCGUAGGGCAGGAGAACUUCGAAUUUCUGACCUCCAACAAGGGAGAGUACUACAAACUUCUGUUGCCGGGCGAAUAUGAAAUGGUGGUGUCCCACCCAGACUAUAACACCAGUCGCGUCUACGUCACAGUCAAGCCCAAUGACGUCACCAGAAUGGACGUGACUUUAAGCGAAAACAACACAGACCCCCAGCUGAGCAAGAGCGAGUCACCCUCGCCCCACACGGAUGUGUACACUCGUGUGUACAUUGGUGUGUACACGGGUCUACUUUGGCUCGUGUGUACACUUUUCUCGCGUGUAUGAGGUCUUCAUGGUGUACAUGAACUAAUAUGGUGUUUUAUGUGUACAUGACAUAUUGGUUUAUCUAUGUGUACAUGUCAGACUUGUAUUUCUUAUGUACUUGGCUUUAUUAUGUUAAAUUUGGACAUUGAUUUGUGAUGUUAUGUGUGUUUAUGGUACGAUGAUUUUGGUUGUGUACAGGACUUAUAUUCUAGUACACAGCAAGUUAAGUCAAGUUUUUAUGCUACACAAAUUUCACGCUAACCUCUACCGGGUUAGUAAAGAUAACUAUUGACUUAUUAGUUUGGAGGAUGUAGUUUAUUUAUACUUUAUACUUAUCUACGGAUUAAUCGAUGGUUGGGUCUACAAGUAGAUUAUGUUAAUUAUUCACGAUCUCUGCUAUUUCGUGACUAGACAGUUUUUUUAAAUAUUAAGGGAAAUAACUGCUAAAAUACAAGUGUAU